AUGUCGUUUCUCAGAAAGGCGGAGAAGGUCGAUGAUGACCCUCAGUUUGAAAAGAGAACCACAACCUUGGGAUUCAUUUUCAACAAUGCAGAGAUUAUGGUAUCCCUUGAACAUUCAAGCUGCUCAUCAGGUUCAAUUCCCGAAAAUGUUGCUCUGCUCAAUUCGCACCUGCUUGCCGCAGUUUCUGGAGGGCACGAAUAUGCGCGAAAAUUUUAUCUCGCUUAUCUGCAAACUAAGUGCCGGCAGCAUGAAGGCGCGACGGGGGCAAGAGCUUCUGCUGCAGAAGCAUCGAGGUGGCUAGCUGACUUUCUGUCUUAUUAUCGUUACAGUGAUGAUGGUUUGUCACUAGGAACACUUAUUGCUGGGUGGGAUGACAAAUCGGGACCUGCCCUCUAUAAAGUGAGUGCUAAGGGGAAACUGUCUGAGGAACCAUUCCUCGGCUCUGGAUGUGCUAUGUCUCGUCACUCUAUGAUCACUUAA